AUGUCUUUCCUUCAUAAUCAUUCUUGCGAGUGCGUUAAGUCAGAAUUGGAUUUGUUUGCACUACCGUCUACACAAACUAGCAUUGAAAAUGGAUUGUGGAUUCAUUAUAAACCAAUUUCAUCUCUUGGUGAUGAUGAACCUAUCGAGUUUCAAGUUCCUGGGACCGGCGAUGACUACAUAGAUUUGUCUCAUACAUUACUCCACAUAAAGGCAAAAGUAUUAAAUCAAGAUUCAACUAACUUGGUAUCUACUACAAUAGUAGCACCUGUAAAUAAUUGGCUGCAUUCACUUUUUAGUCAACUUGAUGUUUAUUUAAACCAAAAACUUGUAUCACCACCUAAUAAUACCUAUGCAUAUCGAGCAUACAUGGAAACCCUUUUAAACUAUGCCCCUGCUGCUAAACAAUCUCAUCUUACUUGUAGUCUUUGGUAUGAGGAUACAGCAGGAAAAAUGGAUUCUACAGAUGGUAAAAACAUAGGAUUUGUUAAAAGACAGGAAUUGAUUAGUGAAAGUAAGGAAAUAGAAAUGAUUGGUCAUCUUCACGGUGACAUUUUUAACCAAGAUAAAUUUUUAAUUAAUGGUGUUGAAAUGAGUGUUAAAUUGGUUCGAUCAAGAGAGAGUUUUAAUUUAAUUGUUGGGUCAAACGAUGUAAAGUUUAAAGUUUGCAUUACGGACGCAACUCUUAUUGUUCGACGAGCACGAAUUAAUCCAAGUGUAUUACUCGCACAUCAAAAAGUUUUAGCUUCUACCACUGCUAAAUAUCCUAUUACUCGAGCUGAAGUAAAAGUUUUAACAAUUCCUUUGGGUGUUCAAGGAAAAACUCUUGAUAAUAUAUUUUUAGGACAGGUACCGAAAAGAUGUAUAAUUGGAUUUGUGAACAAUUCUGCAUUUAAUGGUUCCCUUACUAAAAAUCCAUUUAACUUUGAAAACUAUGGUAUUAAUUCUUUCAGCUUAUAUAUUGAUGGUCAACAAAUACCUUCAAAAGCUUUGCAACCAUCUUUUAAUAAUAGCAUAUUUACAUCAGCAUAUCAUACUCUAUUCUCGGGAACUGGUAUUCACUUUCUUAAUGAAGGAAAUGGAAUCUCUUGUGAACAGUAUGGCAAAGGUUACUGUCUAUUAGCAUUUGACUUAACUCCUGAUUUAUCAGCUAACUCAUCAACUCAUUGGAAUCUCAUAAAGCAUGGUAGUGUAAGAAUAGAAGUACGAUUUGAAUCCUCAUUAAUACAAACAAUUAACUGUAUAGUUUAUGCUGAGUUUGAUAAUAUUAUUGAGAUAGAUAAAAACAGAAAUGUUACUGUAGACUAUAGUAGUUAA